AUGAAGCUCUGUGUGGCUGGGCUCGCUCUGCUCGUGCUCAUGGCUGUCUGCUGUUCUCCGGCACACUCUGCGCCACUGGGUUCUGACCCUCCCACUUCCUGCUGCUUCUCUUACACCCUGCGGAAGAUUCCUCGGAAUUUCGUGACGGAUUACUAUGAGACCAGCAGCCUCUGCUCCCAGCCUGCUGUAGUAUUCCAAACCAGAAGGGGCAGGCAAAUCUGUGCUAACCCCAGUGACGCCUGGGUCCAGGAAUACAUGGAUGACCUGGAACUGAACUGAGCUGCUCUGGACUAGUGCUGGGGUCUGCUGUGAAGGUCACCUGAGCCUGAGGCGUCUCUGCAAGAUGCAUCCCCUCCUGCUCAGAACUCCUCCCAGUACCCCCUGUUCCUCUCUGUAAUUUUAUCUGUACUGUGUACAAUAUUAUUGUAUUGGGUAUCAUUUCCAUUAUUUAUUACUUUGUCAAAGCUUGUCUGUCCCCCAUGGGGAUGGUUCACUCUCAUGUUCUCUGCUAUUGUGGAUACACAGACAAUGUGGUUGAUCCCGGUUUACUGUUUUCAU